AUGAGUAUGUAUACGGUAAUAUGUGGUUCUUCGAUGUUAUGGCUUCAUGUUGUUCAACCAAACUUGACAGCAGGUCAUUAUGGUUAUAUUGCUGAUGAAUAUGAACGUCAUGUAAUAUUACGUGGUGUUGACGUUGAAACAGAACAAAGAAAUAUUCCUGCUGAUCAAGAUAGGCCCAUUGAUCCAUUAUUAUAUGAUGGUCAAUGUCCAUCUAAUAUAAAUGUUUAUCAAGAACCUCCUGUUUGUGAAAUAGAUUAUGGUAAAGGAAUGUAUAAUAUCAAUGAUGAAUGGAAUAGUCAUAAUGAUUUUGCUCAAAUAAGAAGAUGGGGUUUUAAUGUUAUUCGAUUAUGUUUAAGUUGGAGUGCAUUAGAACCAACACCUGGAAAUUAUAGUGAAAUGUAUUUACAACGUGUCGAACAGAUUGUUGAAUGGGCAUCAGAACAACAAAUCUAUGUUAUACUUGAUAUGCAUGAAGAUUUAUAUUCUCGUUAUAUAUUUGGUGAUAAAGAACAUGAAAUUCCACCUUAUUUAACAGCAUCCGAUGGACAAGAUGGUGCUCCUCAAUGGGCAGUUAUGACUGAUGAUUGGCCUGCAUUAGCGUUUUUUGGUAUUGGAAAUUUAAAUUUAGCAAUGAUGAAAGCAUUUGAUAAUUUUUAUAAUAAUUCUAUACCGCCGAAUGCUACACAAGGAAAUGCACCUGGACCAGGUUUACAAGAUCAUUAUAUUGGAGCUAUUGCAUUUUUAGCAAAAAAGUUUGUUAAUAAUAGUGCAGUUUUAGGAUAUGAGAUUAUGAAUGAACCACAACCUGGCACAUAUAUUGAUCAGUAUACUUUUUCUAGUAAUUAUUUGUAUCCAUUUUAUAAACGUGUUAUACAAGCUAUAACUGGUGUUCGUGAUAAUUUACCUGAUUGUCCAAAAUAUGCUCCAACCGGAAUAAAUUGUUCUUAUCCAAAUUUAGGAAUUAAUGAUAAACGACAUUUAUUUUUUGUUGAACCAACAUCAGUUCGAAAUUUAUUAGAUUUUACUCCUCAACAUUCAAUACCAUUUUCAUCCUAUACAAAUAUCGUUUAUGCUCCUCAUGUUUAUACACAUGUAUUCACAAUUGAUAGUAUAUUACAUUUAAAUCGAUCAAUAUAUCCACCAUCAUUCGAUUAUGCGUAUGAGACAGCAUUAAAUGAAUCUAUUGGUUUACAAAGUGCAAUUCUAGUUACAGAAUUUGGUUGUGGUACAGAUGCAGAUGAAACAUUAUUAAUUCCAACGAUAGAUUCACAAGAUAAAGCAAUGAUAUCAGCGACCAUAUGGCCAUGGAAAAAUAAUUGUUUUCAAAAAGGUUGCGAGACAAGUUGGAGUUUAUAUGAUUCAGGUACACUAAAUGGUACAAUUGCAAAUCAAAAUGGUCCUGAACGUCCAAAUCGUGUUCGAAUAUUAUCUCGUGUACAUCCACGCGGUGUUAUUGGACAAUUAAAACAAUAUUUUUACAAUACAACAACAUCAUCAUUUAUAAUGACUGUUAAUUGUAUUAAUAAAACAUUAUUAUUAUUAAAUAAUGAAACAAUUGUUUAUAUACCAAGACGAUUAAAUAAUUCAGUAAUCAAUGUUACUGGUGAAGCAACAUUAAAUAAAAUAAUUAAAAAUCCAGAUCAAAGUCGUUUAAUUAUUAUUAAUCCAACAUGUAAUGGACAAUAUCGUGUAUUUGUUGCAAAUAAUACAAAUCAAAUUGAUAAAUUAUAUCAACAAACAGUCAUAAAUAAUAAUUCUAAUAGUAAAUCAAAUAAUCAUCAUGAAACAAUACAAUCAAUGCAAGAAGCCUAUGAAUUAUAUCAACUCUUACAUACUGCUGCUGUCAAAACCGGUGAAACAUUUGUUGCAACAUCUUCCAAUUUUGUGAACAAGUUUACAGCACUACAGAAUGCUGUGGAAAUCAAUAUAAAAAAUAUAAUGCCGCUAUUGAAUAAAUUUCUGGUAAUCACCUUUGAACAACGAAAGGAAUCAAAGAUUCAACGUUUAGAAGAUCGUAUUCUGGCUCGUGAACAACGCGAACAAGAUUUGAAUGUUUCCACAUUGCAACGAGAGAAUGACAAAGAAAUAGCCGAAGGAAGACGUAUGACAGAUAAUUUGAACGCAGAACAACAACGAAAUAUGUCUCUCGAGCAACGACAACAUGAACUCGCUAUUGAACAGCAACGAUACGACAAACAACAAGAACAACGUUCAGAAGAUAUUAAACUGACGACUGAACAGCGCAUGCAAGAUCUAAAAUUAGCUGAACAGCAACGUGAAAAUGAUCGAAUGAUUGCUGAACGUAAGCAAGCAGCUGAUGAUCUCAAUGCAGAAAAGGAGAGAAAUGUUUCACGUGAAAUCGAAGAAUAUCGAUAUGAACAAGCAAAAAACAAGGAUCUAGAUGCUCUGCUUCUAUCACAUAUCAAUGACAUGGGCACUCUACUCGAAAACUACAAUGGUUCACUGACAGCAAAUCCAACGAUUGCCGCACUCGCUCGAGCUAAAACACUCCAUGUCAUCCGUUCUAUUGGACCUGAACGGUCGACACGACUACUUCAAUUCUUAUUCGAUGCUGGUCAACUUUCAUAUGACCAACAAACACCACUCGAUCUAUCCGGUGCGAUACUUAAUCGUAUUGAUCUCAGCAUGAAUAACGACAUUAUUUCUAUGAGACAUGUUAAUUUUGCUGGUGUUCAUAUGAAUGAGGCAACAUUUGCUGGACAGGAUCUUUCAAAUUGGAAUUUUACAGGUGCUUCACUCAAUUAUGCUAAUUUUACACGAACUAAUUGUAAAGGUACAAUAUUCGACGAUUCAUCGAUGAUCCAAACCGAUUUCUCAUAUAGUUUGUUGGACGAUGCAUCAUUUCGGCGUUCCCAACUUGCUGGUGCCUCUUUUAUAAAUUCAAGUGGCGAACGAUGCACCUUUUAUUCUGCCACACUGCCCAACUCAACAUUCUAUCAAGCUAAAAUGGGUUUUUAUAAUUUUCAGAGCGUUGAUUUGACUCAAGCUAACCUGGAAGAAGCGUAUAUGUCUGGCAGUACGUUAGCAUUUGCUACUCUUGUCAAUGCUCAGAUGAACGGCAUCUAUGUCCUCUUUGCCAAUUUAUCGUAUGCCAAUAUGUUCGGAGCCAUAUGUUCGGAAGAUAGAUGCCAUUUACAUGAUGCUCUUUCGCUUUUAAAUGCUAUUCUACCGAAUGGAACAAAUGGAACUAACGGUCAUCGACCUAUGUCUCUUCUUCAAAAUGGUUAUGCCAAGUGCAAUAGUGGAGGACACAAAGAGGAUCAUCUCGCUGCUUGGUCGAUGCCCGGCGAUCCUAUAUCUACAAAAACUGACUAUCAUAGCGAGAAUUUGUGUGUCUUUACUCCAAAAAAAGGUGGUCUUUCUCAAGACACGAAUAUGACACAACGAGUGAAUAUCACUAUGUACGAUCGGCUCAUAAAAAAUGGACAUGCAGUAGUUUCACUCAAAGCGUAUCGUGGUCAAUUUACUGGAAUCGAGAUGAGAGAAAUCGACGGAACCGGUAAGGUCUCACCCGUGCUUCCUAGUAAGCGAAUAAUUCCAGCUCCAGAGAUAACCAUUUGGGAAACACAUUUAUACAGAACAACUGUCCAAAUUGAGAUCAAAUUAAUGUUUCAAGUUAGUCGAACAUGGGCAUAUGCAUGGUUUCAGUAUGCUGACUUAACUAUUCAUCUAUGGUUACCAUAA